CUAAAAAAAAAUAGUGGAAAUCAAUUUACUCCAAACGUAGAGAAAACAAAACAAAUUCAUCAUCAUGCAGUCUGCACAUAGUAAAAAAAGAGUUUGCUAUUAUUAUGACAGUGAUAUUGGUAACUAUUACUAUGGCCAGGGACAUCCCAUGAAACCUCAUCGUAUACGUAUGACCCAUAAUCUGUUGCUCAACUACGGGCUCUAUAGAAAAAUGGAGAUUUAUCGUCCACACAAAGCCACUGCCGAUGAAAUGACCAAAUUUCAUUCAGAUGAAUAUGUUCGCUUCCUACGUUCCAUACGACCCGACAAUAUGACCGAAUAUAACAAACAAAUGCAACGAUUUAAUGUUGGCGAGGAUUGUCCCGUCUUCGAUGGUCUCUAUGAGUUCUGUCAACUUUCUGCGGGUGGUUCUGUUGCUGCUGCCGUUAAAUUGAACAAACAAGCCUCCGAAAUUUGCAUCAAUUGGGGUGGUGGUCUGCAUCAUGCCAAAAAAUCGGAAGCCUCCGGUUUUUGUUAUGUCAACGAUAUUGUUUUGGGUAUAUUGGAGUUAUUGAAAUAUCAUCAGCGUGUUCUUUAUAUUGAUAUCGAUGUGCAUCAUGGUGAUGGUGUGGAAGAAGCAUUCUACACAACAGAUCGUGUUAUGACGGUUAGUUUUCAUAAAUAUGGUGAAUAUUUCCCUGGCACAGGAGACUUACGUGAUAUUGGUGCCGGUAAGGGUAAAUAUUAUGCGGUUAAUAUACCGCUGCGUGAUGGCAUGGACGAUGAAGCCUAUGAAUCGAUAUUUGAACCAAUCAUAUCAAAAGUUAUGGAAACUUUCCAACCGGCUGCUGUUGUGUUACAAUGUGGUGCUGAUUCAUUGACCGGUGAUCGUUUGGGAUGUUUCAAUCUCACCGUUAAAGGUCACGGUCGUUGUGUGGAAUUCGUAAAGAAAUAUAAUCUGCCGUUCUUAAUGGUUGGUGGUGGUGGCUAUACAAUUCGUAAUGUAUCUCGCUGUUGGACCUAUGAAACAUCGGUGGCAUUGGGUGUGGAAAUUGCUAAUGAAUUACCCUAUAAUGAUUACUUUGAAUACUUUGGUCCAGACUUUAAAUUACACAUUAGUCCUAGCAAUAUGACAAAUCAAAAUACAACAGAAUAUUUGGAAAAAAUUAGAAAUCGUCUCUUUGAAAACUUGCGUAUGUUGCCACAUGCACCCGGUGUGCAAAUUCAAGCGAUACCCGAAGAUGCAAUCAACGAUGAAUCCGAAGAUGAAGAUAAAGUUGACAAAGAUGAACGAUUAACACAGGCCGACAAAGAUAAACGUAUUGUGCCUGACAAUGAAUUCUCAGAUUCCGAAGAUGAAGGUGAGGGCGGUCGAAGAGAUAAUCGUUCCUACAAGGGUCAAAGAAAACGGCCACGUCUCGACAAAGAAGGAAAGGCAACAGAGAAUACGGAAGCCAAAGAUGACAAAGAGAAAAUGGACACAACAGAAACCGAAGAACCUGCUAAAACUGAGGAUGGCAAAAAGGAGAACAACAUAUGACGUGGUGGUCGUAAUUGGUUAUAGAAACCAAUCAAACGUUCAUCGAAGUUUAAGCCUAAUUUAACGUAGCGUUUAUUUAAUUUGUAAUUU